AUGUUCUCCUCCAGAACUUUCCUGCUGCUUUUGCUUGUCGCCAUUUUGUUGGCGACUCCUGUGGCGGCUUUCGGCGCUGGCGAGGUUCCGUCGGGAAGCGAUUUCAAGGGCUAUGUAUGGCGGCAUGGCGACAUCACCGAGGUUCUCAAAUACUUGCCCGCAUCCUUCAUCACACACUACCGCUUCACGCAGAUACAGCGCAAGCAGAUCUAUUUUGGCAACUGGUUGCGCGACUUUUCUCAAGUCAUCGACACGACAUGCCUAGAAGCCGUUCCCGAGCCCAUCCUGCGGGCCAUAGUGUCUGUACUGGCGUUCAUGGAGUUUGGCUUCGCAACAGAUGAGUUUGACGUUACGAGGGAAAGACUAGGAUGCUAUACGCACGUCGAGCAUAUCGACAAUCCCCAAGGCUACCAAGACAAUGCCCAGGACAUAGACAAGCGUCUCCGGGGUCCUGUGCUUCCUGAAGAGCUUGAGUUCGAUUCAAGAACCGGAAUGAAGAAUUACAUCGCCAACAGCGGCCAUGGAUGGAGGACCUCGGCAGAUUAUGUCCGCGAGCAGUUGAAGCAAUGUGUCGCGCUCGGCAGGGUAGGACGAAAGAGGAGAAAUGCCGGCCAACGAAAGGAAUCAAUGAUACAUCUCGGCGCCGCGCUACACACGCUAGAGGACUUUUCAGCUCACAGCAACUUCGUCGAAUUAUGCUUGCAUGAGCUCGGAGAAGACAACGUAUUCACGUUGGUCGGUGAUGCAUGCCGCGUCAAGACGCCCGGUGUCUCAGGCAAGAAAGUUCCACCUAUUGUCACCGGAACUUUCGGAAUGCUGGACAUCUUCCAUAGUUUACUUGGAGAGGCGGAUGACAUGGCCAUUCUGCAAUCCAAAGGAACACUCGGCUCGCUCGAAGAUAAGCUUGAUUUCGGCGGACCGGCUUUCGAGCAGUUGUUUGAACUCAUCAAGAAGGGUAUCGAAACUGUGAACAAGGUUACCCCCGACAAGGUACCACUCAUGGAGGAGCUCAACGCUGUAGCGAUGAUCUUCAAGAAGGCCACGGACACCAUUUCUCCACCAGAUUCAGACUCUGAGGAUAAAGCAGAUGAUGCCGCAAACCCGAACUUGCUCUGGCAGACGAUUGAGCCCGUGUUCUAUCUGCACGAUCGGAUUUCGAAGUGGCUCCAGGAAGGGACGGAGGAAACUGAAGAGUCGAUGGCAGAUAUUUCUACCAGUCAGCUGAGUGACUAUACCAACCAGCUGGUAUUCCGCUUUUUGGCAGUCAUGAUUGAAUCCUCGGUCAAGGAGCUUCGAAAGGCAGUCAAGGCAGCCAAGGACCGAGUGGACGCAGAAGCCGCUAAAGCAGCAUCUGCAGCCGUUUACGAAGAUGGUGCGGAUGCUUCCGACCCGAGUCAUUCCGACCUUUCAAAGGAUCAUUUCGGCAACGUCUUGAAUCAGCCAGCGGGCCUGGUCGGCACUGUCACAACCAACUGGACAACGCAACAGAUCGUGAGGUGCUGGGAUGACCCAAGCAUUGACGAGGACCAGGCCAUCGACGAGAUUUUGACGGUACUGCACCAUCCGGCAUUUCCCAAGAAGAAGACCCCCAUUCAACAGUACAUGUUCGACACAGUCAAGGGUUGGUGGGAAGCUUGUCGUCCUGAAGAGAAAGAAAGACUUCGAGCGAAGCUCACGAAAGAGAGUGUCAAGAACCGUGGCCACGAGGACCAUGAUCUUACCCUGAAAGACCUGGUGGCCGCCGGUAGACCUCGUGGUCCGGCGUCCUUCCCCGGAUCACAGCCUGAAGUCAAGCAGCCUCCCAAGAAAGUGUCCUUCCCACUUGCGUGGGCGAUCAACGAGUUAGGUCGAGACAUCAACUUCAUAUUCACCACCACGAAAAAGAGCUUCUCUGAUCCUGUGGGGGCCGUGGGAGAUGUGAUUACUGGUACCGGCAGCUUCAUCUCGCGUACCACCCUGGCAGCUAUCAGCGUGCCUCGGUGGUUUGCUCGCCAAGCCGGGCACCUUGGCUCAAAGAUUUGGCCGUUUGGUAGUGGACGGAACACGACAUGA